AUGGUCGGCGAUAUCACCCCGCCAUCUUCCAACGCCAACACGCCGCUCCGCGCACCCAUCUCGCCGUCGCCCGAGCGCGUGGCCGCCUCCUCCAUGGACGUGGACACGGGCGGCCCGUCGACCGACGCCUCGCCUGCCGCGCUCGAGGGGGACGACGACGUCGAGCUCGGCGCGGCGAGCUCGAGCACGGAUAUCGAGGAUGCCGAUGAGGAGGACGCGCCAAAAGACACGAAGAAGCCCGGCGCCGGCGGUAGCGGCAAGCCCGGCAACCCGCGCGCUGCGUUCCGCCCCAAGGAGAAGGAGCUGUAUGAAGCUGACAUUGUCGAGCGGUGGAACAAGUCGUUCGGCGACCCCUUCCAGCCCAAGUCGGGCGCACCGACACCGUCGUCUUAG